GAUACCCUUUUGUCUACUCAACGCCUUGAAGCUAAUUCACGGCUGUUUUCCGCUGUUUCGCAAACUGAUCACUCAACAGGAAUUUUCCGCCUUGUUAUGCAAGCAGAUGGAAACCUUGUCCAGUAUGCGGUGACAACUACUGUGACUACUAAAGAUGCUUAUUGGGCAACCGGUACAGAUGGGCAAGGGAAUAACGUGACACUAAAUCUUGAUGACGAUGGCCAUCUCUACCUGCUCAAUUUCACUGGUUUCAAUAUAAUUAAGAAUCUAACAGACGGAAGGUAUCCCACACAAAAAACAAUUUACAUUGUGAGAAUUGAUUUUGAUGGGAUAUUCAGAUUGUACUCGUACAAUCUGACACAGAAUGGAAACUGGUCAGUUUUGUGGUCAUCCACAAAUAAUAAGUGCGAUCCCAAGGGACUCUGUGGUUUUAAUAGCUAUUGUGUUUUAAAUGAUCUGGAACCUCGAUGUCUUUGUCUUCCACAAUUUACACAAGUUGUUCAGAAUAAUUGGACUGCUGGAUGUGAGAGGAAUUUCUUUCCUGAAAGUUGCAAAGAUGAUAAUGGAGACAUCAGAAUUCAAGAACUCACCAAUACUGUAUGGGAAGACAAUCCAUAUUCCGUUCUCUCAUUAUCUAUCAAAGAAGAUUGUGAGAGAGCCUGCUUGGAGGACUGUGACUGUGUUGCUGCAUUUUUUAAAGAUAGGCAGUGCAAAAAGCAGAGGCUUCCUUUGAGAUAUGGGAAAAGAGAUAUGGGUGACUCAAAUUCAGCUUUGAUCAAGGUGGGCAAAUCUAUAUCCACCACCACAGAUAGAGUUGAGCCUGGAAAGAAAAAGAGUGAUCAGCUUGGAAGGGGCAUCCUAAUUGCCAGUGUUUCAAUUGUUGCCCUUGGGCUUGUUAUGUUGGCAAUAUCUGGCUUUCUGUUAUAUAAAUCUCGUGCACAGCCAUACAAAAGGAUAAAUGCAAAUGAGAAUAUUGUAUUAUGUGAGGAAGUUGCUCCCCGAUCUUUCACUUUUGCAGAACUAGAAGAGAUAACAGAUGGUUUCAGGGAAGAAAUCGGCAGAGGUUCAUUUGGGACAGUUUAUAAAGGGCUAGUAUCGAGUACCCAGAAAGUUGCAGCUGUCAAGAGACUAGAAGGAGUUGUAUCUCAAGGGGAAAAAGAAUUCCAAACUGAAGUGAAGGUUAUUGGAAAAACACAUCACAAGAAUCUAGUACGCCUACUCGGUUAUUGCAAUGAAGGACCUAAUAGGCUCUUGGUAUAUGAGUACAUGAGCAAUGGUUCCCUUGCUGACUUGCUCUUCUCUCCUGAAAAAAGACCUUGUUUUACAGAAAGAGUGGAGAUUGCUCGCAAUAUAGCAAGGGGUAUCCUCUAUCUACAUGAAGAGUGCGAGACACAGAUCAUCCAUUGUGAUAUAAAACCACAGAACAUACUGAUAGAUGAAUACAGGUCUCCAAAAAUUUCUGAUUUUGGAUUGGCAAAGCUGCUGAAGCCGGACCAAACGAAAACUUUCACAGGAAUUAGAGGAACAAGAGGAUAUGUUGCACCAGAAUGGCAUCGUAAGCUUCCUGUUACAGUUAAAGCUGAUGUUUAUAGUUUCGGAAUUGUGUUAUUGGAGAUCGCAUGUUGUAGAAGGAAUGUGGAUCAAAAUCUUCCAGAGAUUGAAUCCAUACUUGUGGAUUGGGUUUACCAUUGUUUUGAGGCUGGUGAAAUGGAUAAAUUGGUUGGUGAUGAGGAAGUGGACAAGAGACUAAUGGAUAGAAUGAUCAAAGUGGGCCUUUGGUGCACUCUGGAUGAACCGUCCAUCCGCCCUUCCAUGAAGAAGGUUCUUUUGAUGUUGGAAGGGACAGUUGACAUCCCAGUACCACCAAGUCCUACUUCUUUUCUUACUUGCAUUUAAGAUUUGUGUUUUUGGUCUCUGCUUUUCUUUAGUCCUCAGUUAGUAAGUUGAAGUUACAGUUCGUUACUUGCUUGAAAUUUAUAAUUAUCAGAGUCUAUCUAGUACAAAAAGUUGUAAUGAACAAGGAUGGAAAUUUCACUUACGCUUUUUGAACUUGUCACUCCUCAUGUUAAUGGUUACAGUUUGAAUCCUAUCAUUAAUCACCAAAUGUAAACUUUCACAUUUUAUAAUUCAAGCUCCCCUAAGGAUUAUGGAUA